AUGGCGGAACGCUACAUUCCCGAGCACCGCCGGACGCAGUUCAAGGCCAAGAAUCAGUUCCGUCCUGAUGAGCUCCGCCGCCGUCGUGAAGAACAGCAGAUUGAGAUCCGCAAGCAGAAGCGUGAGGAGGGACUGGCCAAGCGACGUGGUAUCACCACUCGUGAUGGUGGAAUUGGCGUUGGUGGCACUGCUGCUGCCGCCACUGAAAGUGAUGAUGAAGCCAGUGCUAUCGAGAGCGAGCUCAAUGUCGAACUUCCCCUGAUGGUUAAGGGUGUUAUGUCCGAUUCCGUUGAGGACCAGAUCAGCUCCACCACCCGCUUCCGAAAGCUUCUGUCCAAGGAGCGCAAUCCUCCCAUUGAGCGUGUCAUCGAGACCGGCGUUGUCAGCCGCUUCGUCGAGUUCCUUCGCUCCCCUCACACUCUCGUCCAGUUCGAAGCUGCCUGGGCUCUCACGAAUAUUGCCAGUGGCAGCGCUACUCAGACACAGGUUGUGAUUUCUGCUGGUGCCGUGCCCAUCUUCGUCGAGCUGCUUGCCAGCCCCGAGCCCGAUGUGCGAGAGCAGGCCGUCUGGGCUCUCGGAAACAUUGCCGGUGACAGCCCUCACUGCCGUGAUUUCGUCCUCGGUGCCGGUGCCCUGCGCCCCCUCCUGAACCUCAUCAACGAUGGACGCAAGCUGAGCAUGCUUCGCAACGCCACCUGGACCCUCAGCAACUUCUGCCGUGGCAAGACCCCCCAGCCUGACUGGAACACUAUCGCUCCUGCUCUGCCUGUUCUCGCCAAGCUUAUUUACAUGCUGGACGAUGAGGUGCUGAUUGAUGCCUGCUGGGCUAUCUCAUACCUCUCCGAUGGUAGCAACGACAAAAUUCAAGCCGUCAUCGAGGCAGGCAUUCCCCGACGUCUCGUGGAGCUGCUUAUGCACGCCUCCACAUCCGUUCAGACUCCUGCCCUUCGCUCUGUUGGCAACAUCGUGACCGGUGAUGACGUCCAGACCCAGGUUAUCAUCAACUGUGGUGCUCUCCCCGCUCUGCUGUCCCUCCUGAGCUCUACGAAGGACGGCAUCCGUAAGGAAGCCUGCUGGACCAUUUCCAACAUCACCGCCGGCAACUCAAGCCAGAUCCAGGCUGUUAUCGACGCCGGUAUCAUCGCUCCCCUCAUCAACCUCCUGGCCAAUGGCGAUUUCAAGACCCGCAAGGAAGCAUGCUGGGCGAUCUCCAAUGCAACCUCCGGUGGCUUGCAGAAGCCCGAUCAGAUUCGCUACCUGGUUUCGCAAGGUUGCAUCAAGCCGCUUUGCGAUCUGCUCGCUUGCCCUGACAACAAGAUCAUUCAAGUGGCUUUGGAUGGUCUGGAGAACAUCUUGAAGGUCGGCGAAAUGGAUAAGGAGGCUGGCCAGGGCGAUGCCCGCGUCAACCGCUAUGCUCUGUUCAUCGAAGAGGCUGGUGGUAUGGAGAAGAUUCACGAUUGCCAGAACAACGCCAACGAGGAAAUUUACAUGAAGGCCUACAACAUCAUCGAGAAGUACUUCUCCGACGAAGACGAGGCAGGUGGUGAGAUCGAUGAGUUGGCGCCUCAGCAAACCCAGGCCGGCUUCAGCCUUGGCACAGGACAGCAGCAGCCCGCUGGCGGUUUCAACUUCGCCGGUGCUUCUGACUCCAUGGACAUGUAA